AUGUUCUCGUUGAUGAAAAAUAUAAAAAGGAUGAUUCGAUCCUAUGACAAUUUUGGAGUCUCUUUGAACUUCAAUAUUAGGAACAGAAAGCAAUACUAAAGUGUUUGUGGAGGACUCAUGUCGAUUGCUAUGACAAUUGUGUUUCUAUAUAUCUUUAUAUCUGGAUUAGCCAGCCUGUUACUGAGAAAUAAAUUCUAAGUAUCGAAAUUGCUUAUCUAGAUUGAUGUGUAACAACUCCAAAAUAUGAAUCCAGAUUAUUAAGAAAUGAAUAUCACUAACUUCAUGUUUGCCAUAAAACUGGAUAAUCCAUUCUCCAUUUAUUAUCCAAAUGACAAUAAGACAGCCUAUGAUAUUGCCAUGAUCUAGACACAAAUAUCUAAAUUAGAUAACGGAACGCGUAUCAAAUCAGUGUUGAAUGAAAUAUUCUUCGAACAGUGUAGAGACGAGCAUUUUUAAUAUGUUAAUUAUGAGGGCUUUUAAGAUAUAAAAGACAAUCUAGGCUCUUAUUUAUGUCUACCUCAAAAUUUUAGUUUCAAAUUACAAGGCACAUUCAACUCUGAUUUCUUUUAGUAUCCCUCUUUAAAGGUCUCUAUCUGUUAUAGGGAGGAUUGCUACAGUAAGGAAUAGGUUGAUUAUCUCGCUUAAAAUAAAUCUAUUAUAGUAUCGUUGUCAACUCUGAUUCAAUCCUCGAUCUACAUGAGGGAUAGUGCAGAUAAUUAUCUCCUUCGAUAUUUAAAUUCAGAUUUCUAUUUAUAGACUACUCUCAAAGAAGAAAGCAAAGCGGACAUAUUUUUUAAAAACAAUAAAAUCAUAGCUGAUAACAGUAUUCUGAGUUUAUAUAAAGACGAAGAGAGAAAAGAUUAUUGGUCCUUCUCUUUAUACAACUACAGAGAAUUUAGAGGAUAUCAUGAAUAUCCAAAUACUAUAUUUUCAUUGAAUUUCAGAAUUAGUCAAGAUUACGAAUAAACCAAAAAAGCUGCAGACACUAUUGAUUCCUUUCUGUCAUAUUUUGGAGGGAUGCUAAAAAUCAUAUCUACUAUAUUUGGUUUAAUCGCUCUAUAAUAUAAUGAGAUGGGAUUAAAAAUCUCAUUAGCAAAUCAUCUCUAUUAAUUUAAUAUUCCAAAGAGAAGAAACGGAUAAUUUGAGUUCUCCUAUGACAAGCUAUUGAAUGUUAUUUAAGCGUCCAUAAAUAGAGUGACUGAUUUGUAAUAGAAAUUAAAACACCAUGCCAAAACAAUAAUAAAAACAAGUAUGGUGAUGAGAGCUUGGAAUAGCUAAAAGAUUCAGAAUCCUACACUUUCAAAUCUGCAAACACAAUAACGAGAAUAAGUGGAAACACCUUAAAUUGAUCAUUUGCAAUAUAAAAAGUAUGUGGAAUAGUUGUAAGACUAUAAGGGGAAUUUCCUAUAAAGAUUAAUCACUGCAUUUAAUUCAACCAGACACGAUUUGAGAUUAGGAAUUAAUUUCAUAUUUUAUGAAUUUCUGUGGUGCACUUGUUGCGAAUAAAUCUAGGUAACCAAAAAGAUGUUGGAACAAUGCAAAGUGGUAAUUGAUAAGGAUCUUGAUAUUGUUCAUCUCUUGUAAAAGAUCCAAGAAAUCGAUAAAUUAAAAUCAAUCAUUUUAGAGAAGGAUUAAAUUAAGGUUUUUAGUUACACUCCAAAACCAGUUAUUAAUGUCGAUCCUUCCCAUUAGCAUUAACCUAUAGAAGAAGCCAAUGGAAUCGAUCUAUUUAAAUAGCUAAAUUCAUAGAAACCAAAAUAAAGGAUGAGAAGAACGGCUAAUUCAUAUCAUAAACCGAAAAAACUAAUUAAGAUCUAUGAGGCUUAUAGUAGAUUGAAAUAGCAUCAUAAUAAUAAAAAAAACCAAAGAAUAAUCCAGCUACUUGGUCCUACAAUUGAAAUGAUCUUCCAGAAGUAUUAUGAAAUCUAAAAUAUGGCGAAAGCUAUGAAUUUUGAUGCCAAUGAGAAAUUUGAAAAUGCUAUUCUGUAGACUGAGGUUCAAAUUGCGGCAAGUCUCCCAGAAAAUUUAUAUCAUAAUACUGAACGAGUGAAUACUUCCAAUUAGAACUAGCAUAAGAUGAAAUUCCAAUAAAUUACUGCAAAGCCUUUGACAGAUGAAGAUCUUCUCCAGUCAGAUUGA